UGUCGAUAAUAAAGUUUUUGCAGGAGCGACUGCAAAAGUAAGAGAGAGAAAGGCGGGAAAAUACUAGAAACGGAAACAUGAGCAGUCUGAGAAUCGAGAAAGAUGGGAAGCUCAGGCCACUGAUGAGGAAACAAGUAAAGAUGCAUUCAAUAUCAACAAAAUUAGGGGAAUCACAACAAAGGAGGAGAAGAAGAAGGAAAAAGAGAAGAGGUUUAGCUCACGCGAAAUCAGAGGCUCCUAGAGAGAGAUUCAGAGGUGGUUUCAUUCUUCACCAUUAGCUACCUACGCCAACCAUGGACACCCCUCCUCAUCCUCAUCGUCGCCGAGUUCCGAGCACACGAAGAAACAAGAAACUCGAAGAUGACGCUGAAAUCUCCGAACCGGGACUGGCUGUUCCACCAGAAAUUCCUUGUUUUGCGUGGAGAGCAAAACCUGCCAAAAAAAAUGUGUUGUAUCUCCCCAAAAGAGUCAUAGAAUACUACCAUCUUAAGAUCCCAAAUGUCAUAUCCUUCGUCGAUGAACAAGGGAGAGAAUGGGAUGUGACUGUCUCAAAGGACAAGGGAUCAUAUAGGUGCUCCGCAGGGGGAUGGAAAAGAGUGUGCGAAGCGAACCUCAUUGACAUAGGCGAUGUAUGCAUCUUUGAGUUCAUGCAAGGGCGCAUUGAUUUAUACAUACGCAUACGUAUAAAUAGAGCUCAUGAACUUCGAAGCAAAGCUACACAUUGUUGUGAUGGUGACAUCUUCAUGUCGGGACAGGCCUUCCGACCGGAAAAUCCUCAUUUUGUGUGGAGAGUACUAACAGAAGCAAGAAGGAGGAGGCUGAUUCUCCCAAGAACAAUAAUAAAAACUUACAAUCUUAAGAUCCCAAAUAUCAUAUCCCUCGUCGAUGAACGUGGGAAAAAAUGGGAAACAAAAAUCUUAAAGAGGCGUAGCGGGGACUUGGCGUUUCCCGAGUCUGUAUGGCGAAGUUAUUGUGAUGCGAAUCUCGUUGAGAUCGGUGACAGAUGCAUAUGUGAGUACAUAGAAGAACAGAGUGGCCUAUCCAUAUUCGUACGUGUAUCUCGAGCUCCAAAACUGACUAGAAAGAAGGAUGCCGAGGAAAAGGAAGUUGAACAAGUUUACAAAGAACCAUUACACGAGAAUAACUGGGAUGAAAUUGCUGAAGAUGAAAGUGGGAUGCAAAGGAGCAUUCUCAAGGGGAAACAAAAGUUGAAUUCAACAUCUUCCAGCACACAUGUUAGACGAUGUCUAAGGAAAAAGAAUGCAUCUGGUGGAAAGAAAGGCUUUGAAGAAGAGAAAUGUGCAAAAACUGACAAAGAGAUUGUUGCUAACUGCAAUGACUGUAAAGAAAGCAGGACGAAGAUGGACAUUUCCAAGGCAAAGCGUAAAUUGAAAUCACCGUCACCACAUGAACCAGUCAGACGAAGAGCAAGGAAAGACAAGACAUUUGACAGAAGAAAAGACAAUGAAGAAAAGAAAACCAAACAAAUCAAAGAAGAAACAAUGUAUCUCGAUCCUCCUAAAGAGAGGCUAUGGAAAACGAAGACGUCUGAACAGAGAUCUAUUGAGUAUCGAGAUGCUUACAUAAAAAAGCUAGAAGGGAUCAUCAAAAGCCUUACUUCAAAAGAUGUGAAUCAGAAGAGGGUGAAGUUAUCAUGUCACAAGGAUGAUGAUACUAUCUCUAGUGGCAGUGAUAUUGAACUAAUUAACGAACAUGUUAGCUUGCAGGGAACGUCAAUGAGCACAAAAUGUUUGCCUGAAAAGUUGGAGUUGCUGCUGUCCUACUUCCAGCUUGUACGUGGGGAAGCUGGUCAAUCAAUAACUUUGCCUGAUGAUGUGUUCGGCAAGAAAUAUAAGAUUUAUAUUUUCCUCAAGGAUAUCAACAAAUUUUGUUUGCUAAAGCCAAUUUCGGAUUGUUGUAUAAUUUCCUACAUGUGGUUCCUUCACCAGAAGAUGAAAAAAGAAAACAUACUUACUAGAUUUCGAUUUGUAAAUCCAAAUUUGAUCUCAAAAUUUGACAAGUUAACCGAAGACCAAAGAGCACGCGCUUUAGCUGAUAGGUUGAUUGGUGCAUCAAUCGAUCAACUCGUGUUGGCACCAUGUAAUAUAGGUUUUCAUUGGAUUCUCACGGUCAUCCAACCCUACAACAAGAUUGUCUUUUUGCUGGAUCCUCUUUCUCAUCGCAUUCGUGAUAGCGUUUGGCAAGAUAUUGUGAAUAUGGCCUUAUCGAUGUUUUGUGCAUCUAAAGGAGAGAAUGAGAAAAAGUCACCAACUUGGGUAGUCGUAAAGGCUCCUCUGCAACCUGAUUCGAAGCAAUGUGGGUUCUACAUAAUGCAGUAUAUGAGAGAAAUCAUCGAAACUUGUAGGGAUCUUGGCUCAAGUUCGCUACAAUCAAUGUUUACAAAAGACAGUUAUUCUAGAAGUGAAAUUGAUGAAAUGCGAAUAGAGUGGGCAGAAUGCAUACUGGAUCAGUUUGGUUGACAAAGGGCAAGGCCUUUAAUUUGUGGACGGAGGGAGUAAUUGUCACGACCGCACUUGCUAAGGAUAGCAAAUUCGGGAAAACCGCGACUAAGGGAGGGAAUUUAGGAGCGGGAUUUAGAAAGGGCAUAUUCGUUUUCUUGAUGACUCGACUUGUAUAAAGAAAUCAAUCGAAAUAUCUAGAUAUCAACGAAGGCCACAAGGGGACCGUACAUAAUAUUAUCCCAAAACGGGGUACUCAAUGGUUUUAGUACAUUAUUAAAUAAUACAUAUUGUUUGACAAAUGACAUAAUAUCUUAACAUAAUCAGUGUUCGCAGCGGAAUAACAAUUUGAGUAUAUGUAUGAAGACAUAUACUCUACUCUGAGGUAAUCAUCCUAGAUCGACAAAAGCUCCGCUUGCACACUACAUCCUCGA